AAAAAUCUACUUAGCAGCAUUUUCUGAAUUAAUCAAUAUUCAAAAAGCAAUGUUUCACGAGGUGUCCAAAAUUAUUCCCGAAUUACCUACUCGUCAUAUUUCUGACACACAAAUCCAUUUGCCAUAUAAAGGUUAUUGGAUGGAUUUUGCCAACUUUUUAAUAGAUUCCUUGCAUAGCCAUAUUGAACAUAUGAUUCAAAUUUCCAAAGAAUCACAAUACAAUCGUGAUUUUGUGAUAUCUUCAUUAGAAUUGGCAGAAUUUACAUGUAGAGCUCAGAGAUUCAAAUUAAGAAAUCUUUCACCAACCGGAUUAAACCCUAUACAGCAAAGUGAAAUAAAAAAUAAAUGUUCUGAAGUCAAAAUAAAUUGUUUACAUAUUCAAAAUGUAAAAUUGCCCUCAAUGGUUGGCGUUGAUUAUUUCAGAGAACAAUGUAUUAAACGUCUCAAGACAAUUUCUCAUGAAAUUGAGGAACUUAGAAAUGCUGCAGAUAAUGCAGGAAAAUUAUCAUAUGAAGAAAAAUUACAAAUACACCAGGCAAUGAGACAAGAAUUCUUGGGUUCAGGUCAUUGGUACCAAUGCCCUAAUGGGCAUCCUUAUACAAUAGGAGAUUGUGGUGGAGCAGACCAA